AUGUCCAAUUCAAGUCACUCGUACGCUGCCAUCUGGUGGAGGAGAUACUCGAGAGGAACCUACAAGGGCCCGAUGCAAGGUACAGCCGUCGAUCCAGCCACCCGCCAGCCAGAGUCAGGAGAAAAAGCGACGGCGAAAAGGUCAACAGGAGUUUUGCCCCCCUUGUUUCAAGGGACUGACGGUGUUCAUCAAGAAGUGAACUAUACUCUGUAUACGGGGCGUGAGAGAAGGCGAGAAAUACUGGAACGAGCAGCUUUUGCCGGCGUCAAGACGAAGCUUUUUGCAUGGAUGGAGCUUUCUGAUGGUUCAUAG